GCAAUCCGAUGGGAUGUACAACAACAAUUUGUAUUCUGGCGUGGGAAAAACACCUUUUCAACCUGCCACUCAAGUUAUAUACAGCUUGGCAGAAAAUGUCACACAGCAGCAUGACAUUAUUGGAUUAGUUGUGCACAAUAAACUUUGCUCAAAAGGUAAACAUCUCAAACCAUCAGAUGAGCACCAAUGUUUGGGUAAGGACUGUUCUGCCACAAUCCCAUUUGAAAAAAGUAUUGGCGAUGAAAAAACAUGGGCCAAAGAGUUACUUCAAGAGCUGAAAGAGUCAAAUGACAUGGAAGUCGAAUAUCUCACAACCGAUCCAGACAGUGGUGCAUAUCAGGCAGCAACUGAUUUACAUGAUGAAGGCGUAACAAAAACCAAACCAACGCACCAGCUGGAUACACGGCACAUUUCAAAAAAUCAUCGUCUUUUCAUAAAGAAAAACAGCAGGUUAUGUGAGAUCUUGAAAGGGAAUACUGUUAAAUUAAGGACUCAGAUUCAAAACAAACUGGCGAUCGAUCUAUCUGAAAGGUGUCACGGGGAAAUAUGUAAAGCCUUUGACAAAUAUGGGAACGAUAUAGACCUGAUAAGAAAUAAAUUAACAUUUGCGGCCGAUGCAAUUGUUGACUGCUAUCAAGACUGGCACCUGAAAUGUGCUAAGCACUCUUUACUUUGCAAAGGUUUAAGAAAUAACAACUGGUUAGGAAAGAGAGCUUUACUGGGGAAAAAAUUUGGAAUCAAGCAUACAAAAAAAUCAUCAGAGAUUCUGCGUGAAUGUGUGAACUACAGAAUGUGCCCAGCAAUGAUGGAAAAAACUAAACUAAAUUCCAACACGCAGAAAGUUGAAGCCUUCAAUCGCGCUUUACGAACAUCUAUACCUAAAAAUGUCACCUUUACAAGGAACACCUCUGGACGGGCACAUUCUGCAGCACACUCUGUCAAUGUAGGGAUGGCUAACUCAAUAUUUACCCUGUGUGACAAACUUGGCUGUUCCAUAACUGCAAACAGUAAAGUUCACCAAGCUGUAAAACAAGUUCAGAAAACAACAAAUAUGUUAAAAAACUAUAAGAAAACAAUCGAUGCCUGUGUUACACGUUCAGAAAGGCGUGCAAUAUUAUUCGACCUAUAUGAAAGACACCAGGAGGAAAUAGCGUACCAAAAAAAUAUGCUUUUGCCGCCCCCAAAAGAGAAGGCCAAAUAUGAGGACCACCCCUACAGCAAGUCAGCAAAAAAGAAGAAAUCCAAAUAAAACUAUAAUAACCUUUAUACAGUGCAAAAGGGUUGAUGUGAUUUACAACAAAUUCCCUGAUUCUGACAGUGUAUGCGCUCUUGAUUUACAUCAUGUUUUUCAAAUACGAGAUGAUGUACAUUAAUACAACAUUUAUUGCCGCAUAAAUGACUGCAUUCCAACUCCUCAGGACCUUUAAAUUUUGGAAUUUCAUCUCUUGUUUUCUGAAAUUCAACCAUGUAAGCAAAUCUAUGGAUUCUCUCUCUACUUUCCUCACCAGAUGGCCAUUUAACAUUAGUAUAACCAUAGCCAGAUGCAUACGUUGCACCAGUCCAUACUAUACAACCCUUUUCAUUGUGUGAUUUAUCAGAUUUAUAAAACAAUUUCAAUUUCUGCUUGUGCCAAAAUUCGUCCAUUAUGUUUCUCUUACAGAUUCAUCAACAAAAAGGUUAAUAUAAAAAAGGAUUUUCAGAAAAAAGGAACUUAACUUAAAAUUUUGGAAAUCCACCUUUAGGUUAAAAUGAAGUAAUUAUUUGCAUUGCCGACAAUGUUAACAUUUCUCCCUCUCACUCACUUACCCUAGCAUUAAGGAGGAUUUUGUCUUUUGAAUCACAGAGUAUCAUACCUUUGGGUGUUGUUCAGUACCAAAAAACCAUAUGGUGCCGCAGCUUUUUUUACUUUAAAUUUUGGUUCUUAACAACUACCGUCUGGCUUGAACCUAAUUUUUGUGUCAAAAAUUGGGACGUUCACCUCUACAACAGAUAGAUUAAGAAAAUUAUUGCUGAUUCAAUAAAAUUAUUUAAAUGCAUACAUCAUGUUGCAUAAAUACAUACCUUUCUUCCACCAAAGUCAUUUCUUUAAAUAUCAUACAUAUUCAUAAAAAAAAAAUUAUAUUUACUUCUUGGCUUUAUGUUGGAUGUAAAAACCAGGUGGCGCACAGAGCUGUAUUUACUUCCUUGUAACCUAUACCGAUUCCAAUUCUGGUCGAAUAAUAUAAGUCGGGUUUUUUUUU